UAAUUAUAUAUGUUACAAGUUGAAAAAUUAUCUAUUUAAUAAAUGAAAAAUUAAAUGAAGUGAAAAUGAUGUGUGAUAAGUUAGAGAUGUCUGAACAUUUAUAAAAUCGAAAAGUUUAGUGUUUAUCUACAAACAAAAAGUGGACUCGCCCAAAAGUAAUAUCUUUUGUGUACCUUUACACGACCUUGAUAAAUUAAAGACAUUUGUUUAAGCUUAAUAUAAAAUUUUAAUUUUUUGUGUUUACCUUAAAAUUAUUUUUAUUUAAAAAAUUAAAAGAAGAAAUACAAAUUCAUUAGAAAUAAUACGCCGCCAUCUUUAAAUUAAUAAAAAUUGUUUAAAGUAAAUAAUAAUAUUUGCGAGUUCUGUAAUGUACCCAGGAAAUCCAGUAGCUGAAUCUACUUUAUUGAAUACCAAAAGUAAUUUAAGACAACCGUUUCAAAUACUCCCCACAGCUGAAUUCAGUUUUGUCCAUUGUAAAAGAAAAGGUAUAUUUAUACAUCCCGACGCAAUGUUUACAAACGCUGUCCUAAAUCGUUUUACGCAAUGCUCAUGGAUAAGUAAAUUAUAUUAAGACGAUUUAAGACAAAACAUUUAAUACCGUUUUCGUCUUUAAUCGUUUUUAAUAUAUACAUCGUAACGAGUAACAAAAUUUUAUCAACAAACAACACUGACCAUUUUCGAUAAGAGAAAUCGUGCGUCGUUUUUGUCAAUACAAUAAUUAUUUUUAAUUCUUUAUUUCAAAACUUCAUAAUGAAAUUAUUGGAGAGUUCACGCUUUGAGGCAAUCAAUAAUGGAUUGUACAUUGAAACUGGUGAUAGUAAUAUUCGUGGUCGCAUUGAAAGUUAUUCAUGUAAGAUGGCUGGUAACGAUAAAGCCCUAUAUAAACGUUUCAAUGCUGAACAACAUCCCCAUGAUUUACAAGCACUGUCACCACCAGAAGGUUUAAGUCCUGGACGUUCCACAUACAGCCGUAGUAUAUCCGGUGAUGAAGAAGGUCCUUUGUGUGAUACCAUCAGUCGUAAAACUUUGUUUUACUUGAUUGCCACAUUAAAUGCAUCAUUUCAACCAGACUAUGAUUUUUCUGAUGCAAAGAGUCAUGAAUUCAGCAAAGAACCUUCUUUAAAUUGGGUAGUGAAUGCCGUCGAUACGAAUUUAAAUGCAACAGCUGGUGAUGCUUUUCGUGGUUUACGUCCAGCAUUAUGGUCCGCUAUCAAUGAUGAAAUUAAUUUGAAUGAAUGUGAUAUUUAUUCAUAUAAUCCUGAUUUUGUCAGUGAUCCAUUCACUGAAGAUGGAUGUCUUUGGUCAUUUAAUUACUUCUUUUAUAACAAGAAAUUGAAGCGGAUUGUGUUCUUUUCAUGCCGAGCAAUCAAUCCUUGUUACGCGAUUGAUUCUGGUGUUGGCAGUGAUUUUACAAUGGAUGAAGAUGACGAUUUUGAGUAACUUUUUUAAAACAUAUUAUAUAAAUAUAACAAGUUUUUUUUUUUUAAACAAAUUUAUGAUAGAUAAAUAACACAUGUAACCAUUAUUUAGAAGUUUUCUCCCAUUUUUCCUAGUUGUAAUAAUCUUUUUUUAAAAUAAUUAUUUUGGUGUUUUUAAGAAUAAAAUUUAAAAAAUUGGAUUGAGAACCCUUUGAUUCAGAAAUUGAUUCAUUUAAUUUAAAUUCUUUCGAGUUCACUGGAAGGUAACAUUUUAGACUAGAAAUUGGAUUAUUCUUUAAUGGUAAUUUUUUUUAUUCAAAUCAUACUCUCAACUGAUUUUAUCUUAAGUUGAGCUAAAAAGGAUUUUUCCAGUUUUGGACAAAUGUCAUCAUCUCACCAAUUACUAUCUUCUUUAGAAAAUUUAAUUUUAAACAAGAAACUAACAUUUAUAAGACAAAACGUUAAAAAUUCCAGGCAAAAACUGUACACACUGUUUUUUUCAUGAUAGUAACUAAAUAGGUUGAUGAUUUAUUUUGAACAAAUCGGUGUUUGAACUCUUAUUUUGAUGAUUUAAUCAAAUGGAUCAACUUUGGUAUCAAAGUAAUUCAAUUAUCCUUAUUAUAAAAAAAAAAUAAUUAACCAGAAAAGUAAUUAAUAGUUCAUAAUUACAAAAAAAAAAUAAUAAUAAUUGACAAAAACAUAUAUUUUUUAAAUAUUUUUCUCUUGGUUAGUGUUGAUUGUUGAAUAUAACAAUUUUCUUACUCAUGUACUCUCUGAAACAUAAGUGCAGGUGAGAGCUGCUGUGAGAACUUAUGUUUCCGUUUGUACACGAUGUGUUUUUUUUUUUU